AGCUGGGUUCGACACACUAAAUCGCUGUGCUCCUGGAAUAAAUGACAACGCGAAGGAUUUCCAUUGCUGUAGUCUGCAUCUUGCAGAUAUUCACACUGGACCCAACACAAGCAAAUGAAGAUACACGAACAUCGCAGAGCUGCGACCACCUGAAACGCGACGGAGAAACAGAAGAUGGAUAUUACUUUAUUGACCCUGAUGGCAGCGGUGGUUUGGACCCUUUCCAAGUCUACUGUGACAUGAGCAGCGAUCAACAAUCGGGGAUAACUGUAGUACAUCAUGACAUGGAAAAGAGGGCGUCCGUAGACGGUAGGAGGGGUCCAGACACCAGGGUCGUCAACAUCACGUACACCGCCUCCAUGGAGCAGAUACAAGCUCUGGUCAGCCUUUCGUCUGGGUGUGAGCAGUACCUAUCUUACGACUGUUUCCUGUCCCCUAUAUUCUCCCGUCCCUACCGACAUGCGCAGUACCGACAACACGUGGCCUGGUACUCCCGACAAAACAGAAGGAUGAUCAACUGGGCAGGCGCAGAAGGACAGGAUGGCAAGUGCGCAUGCGGAGUGACAGGUACAUGUGACAAUGGAAACAAGCGUUGCAACUGUGACAACGACGACAACCAGUGGCGACAAGAUGGCGGCUACAUCCGGGACAAGGAGCACCUGCCCGUGACUCGGCUCGUCUUCGGGGACAGUCGUGACGUGCUGAUGUAUGCCGAGCACGGCGUCUACAGCAUCGGCGCUCUCAGGUGUACAGGACAAGCUGUGGACAGUGUGUACCCAGCCUCCUGUGCCGAGGUGAAGUCCCGUGGUGUGCAGGACAGUGGUGGUAGUUACAUCAUCGACCCUGACGGACCCGGGACAGGGGUGGAGCCAUUCACCGUCACCUGUCACUUCAACCAAACAGUAAUAACGACCGUCCAUCACAACCGAGAAGAAAUGACUCACGUGGACGGACACGAACACCCCAUGUCCUACAGGGUCCAGGUGUCUUAUGCCGCCAGCUCGCGGCAAAUACAGGCGCUCAUGGCGAUUUCUGACAGAUGCGAACAAAGUAUAGAGUAUCAUUGCUACGGCUCGGCCAUAUUUUACCCUGAGAACGAGUUUACACAAAAGAAGCAGCAUGCCGCCUGGCACUCUAGAGAGGGAACGAGAAUGCAUUACUGGCCAGGGGCAAGGGGGCAGGCAGGCAAGUGCGCAUGCGGUGUAUCAGGCACGUGCGACAAUGGAAAUCCUCGCUGCAACUGUGAUAACAACGACGCCAUCUGGCGGAAGGAUGCAGGUACUGUAACAGACAAGAGCCUUCUGCCGGUGACAGGGCUGGCGUUCGGUGACACCUCCAUCAAAAUCUGCUUUGACGAAGAAGAAAACGCAGUAUCCCUGUUGGACGAACAGGGUUUCUACGUGUUGAGUCCCCUUCGCUGCAGAGGUACAGACCACCUUUCUAAAGAGCCGCUUGAACGAGAAGACGAUGGGGUGAAACAAGAUGUACCCAAGAAGACAGAAAAUCCUGCAGAAGAGCCUCCAGUACAUGAGGGUACUGGUAUUAAAAACAAGCAUAGGCAUCUAAGCAACAACAAGAACAACAACCAACCCAUCCACCCUACGAUAGAACGCACGGAUGUGUCUGAUGAGCACAGUGGCGCCGAAAAUGAAGACGAACAACCGUUGAGGGACGUUCCCAACCAACAUGUGGACGUGCAACAGAAUCAGGACGACGCUGUCUUCGGAAACACAGACGGACAACACGUCAACAGUGAGCUUGUCCAUCCCAUAGAAGAGCCACCGGACAGGAUCGAUGAGAACACUGGUAACAACGAGGACGAAGACCAACCCAUCGAAAUUCUACAGAGCCCAGCAGCCUUGGGUCAGGAUGAUUCACACAGAAGUGAAGACGUUGAUAGCGGACAGGAAGCUGAGCACGAGUCGCCGCAGUGGGUAAAAGGUGGCGGCCUGACCGACGAAGAUGAUCCAAGUGCAUCCUCUCAGCCGCUCACACUUGAAGUUGGGAUUCCUGUGGUGUUGACCCUGCUCGCCGCAGGCUUUGUCUUGGCCAUGAAAAUGCCCUGCAAAAUGAGACGACUGAAGUCGAGGAAAAGAAACAGAUCUGGAGACUUCACCGCUGAUAUGCUGGAGUUUCCAAACGUCAACAAACCACGUCUUUUAAAUAGUUGGUCACUAUAUGAAUCAUGAGAAGGAAGAAUGAUUGAAGUGUAUAUAAUAAUUGAGGAGGGUUUUUAGUUUGUCUCUUCGUGUAUUUAUCUAAACCGCCUAUCGGUAGGAUUAUAUAUACAAGGCAGCAUACACCCAGCCGGGUUCGAUAUAAAUUGUGACCGUAGCUUUAUUGUAUCUAUUAUAAAGUACCAACCGAAUGCAAUCUUACUUAUUCUACUUUACAAUAUUUCAACCAACGUUAUCAGACUUAUACAGAGUUAAAGAGAACAUGCCAAAUACCUUUGAAUUGGCGUGAGAUACUAUUUCAGAAAGGAUACCUUCAAAUAAUUAAGCUUAACCCCACCAGACUAACAACGCAGGUUCAAAAUCAGUAACAUUUAGCCAAAUACGGAGAAUAAUUCCAUUCCACGAUGCGUUACUUCUUGAUACAAUUUUGACAUGAGCCAAGAAGGCUUUACAAAAUAAUACCAAAUGUCCUCUUAUCAAACAUAAUUAACACUAAU